GGAUUUGCCAGAUUAUCGGAUUACCGGCGGUGAGUGUCCAUUAACAUGUCAAUGUCGCCUCGCUGCUCCCAGGAGGGGGGGGGGGGGCGAUGGCAGAACGAGGGAGUCGCGAGGCGCCGGCUGAAUGGGUUUGUGGGUCAUGACAGGACGUGAGGAAUUGUUGCGCCUCGCUCCCCCCAUGGACGCCCCUCAUUAGCAUGCGGCUGGCAGAGGCAGCGAGGAGGCAGAGGAGGCGCAGCUCAUCGCCACUAGAAUGCUCUCAGGGGCCGGACGCACUCUCAUCCUCCUCAUCAUCUCCGCCGUAGUCACCGCCGCACGUAAAGAUGUUCCGGACAGUCUGCCCCGGGGCCCCUCCAGAGAGAUGGAGGGCAGUCCUGGCAGGGCCCCCGCGGUGAGGCACCCCGACCAGCCUCACAUCUCGGGCGAUGGGAAGAAGACUCUGAAGACGAAGCCGACGCUGGACAAUAACACGGGACUGAGGAAGACGGACGGUCACCACGGCAACAGCCUCCCGGUGAACGCCCGGAGUGGGCGACCCGCAGCAAACCAGUAUGGCGGCUCAGGGAAGGACAGGAACCAGCCGGGCCCCAUCCUCGCCUCGCCUCAUACUUACCCCAAAGGGGCGCCAGACUACGAGAGCAACCGGCCACGGAAAACGGAUCCAAGAGCCGCCGAGGCGACCCAGAACUCCAGCAGAGCGGCCACCAACCGGCAUCCGGCAAGUCUCCUCCACCACGUCAGCGUCUUCAGGAGAGAGCCCGACGGUAAAGACUGGGCCUGUGUGACGGACUGCCACCGAGAGCGGGACGAGCGGGAGGCCUAUUGUCACAGCGACUUUGCCGUGAACGGGAUCGUCCAUGACGUGGACGCGGUCGGCGGAGGCGUCCAGCUCCUCAGCGUCCUGGUGAACAGCGGCGGCUUCUACAAGAUGAAUCGUCUCUACAUCACACCGGACGACGUCUUCUUCAGGGUCACCGUCCUGGUGGUGAACGCCCCGCACUGUCCGCAGCCCUGUCUGCACCUCCAGCUGGGCGGCCGUUACAUUAUAAUGGGGCAGAUCUACCAUAAGAGGAUGGAGUUGCCGUCGUCGGUGCAGCGGGCGGUCAGCGGCCGGUUACGAGCUGGAGACGGGCUGGUGACGAGCGGCAGGAGCUUCAUCAGGAGGUUUAACCGGAAGAAGGAGCGCAAGGUCCUGGCGGCCACACAUGCUAAAUGUAAAUGACGUAAGGUGACGAGUACAUACAAUAUGGCGCCAUUCCUGUCAUUAAAGCUGAAUCCCGAGACAUCAGUAACGUUCUCCGACUAGCAGGGCGGACGAUGGGGGUUAGAAUCCAUGUGGAGAGCCCUGAGACAUGACAGCUCUCUGCAGAUCCUGAGCGGCAGGAGACGUAUCUAAGCCUGUAAAGAACGGUGAGAUCUAUAGGGUCGGCCAGACUCUGGAGCGGAUACUGACGAGCCGCCACUCACACUCCUAUCAUCCACACGCAUGUAGUGCGCCACGCUGCUGU